GGAAAAUCGAGGCCGCUGGCUCUGCAAUAACAGUGUAAUCCUUGUUCCCGACCAAGCGUGAGCCGCUCCAGUCCACCGGUGUGCCGUCCUGCCGAACCUCCGUUAUUACCAUCGUGAUGCCUGCGCUGUUGCAAGCUGAAGCCACCGCGCCCUCGACACAUGACUUAAGUUGCUCAUGACCUCGCAACCGCAGCAGCCAACACCAUCCGGGGCCGGCCCUGCGUGUACCUGCUGCGCGCCCGGCUGAAGGACGGGCCCAAGGCUGGGGAGUGGGUCAAUGUGUACCUCGGCUGCCAGCAAUCCGACACGCUGAGCUACUCGCGCUGGGACGCUUACCUGGUCCAUGGCAAGUCCCUGCGGUGGUCGGUGCGCUGCCAAGCAUUGCAUGGCCGGCCGGGGCCCACACAGGAGCCGGCCAAGUGGGCUGGGUGGGCCUGGCUGCUGACACACUGUGAUGCUGCAGAGCUGCGGUUCAUUGACCUGUCUGGGCUGACUAAGGAGCAAGUCUUCAGGGUGGAGCGCAGCUUCCUUGACAAGUACGACUUUCCCUUCAACUCUACCGACAACCGCUGCUACCGCCUCACUGUCGCGACCUUCUGGGGCAGCUGCAGCAUUCCCAAGAUGCCCAUCGAGCUCAGGCGCUGGGUGGGGGAGGAGUGGUGGUACGCGGGGCUGGCAAACCUGGAGCAGCUGCUGGUGGAGCCUGGCGACGUGCGGUCCUGCUAGUGGGGGCGGCGGGCAGGCUGCCGACCGGGGUGCCGCGCCUGCGCAACAUCAUCGCGCAAAUCCUCCUGCAUGCCUGUGGCAAGCAGAAGUUCCGCACCACAAAGAGCAGAUACUACCGUGAGCUUUUUGGAGUACAGAGACCCUGGACUGCUGCAGCUCGCCAACAGCCUCGGCAAGCCUGCUCAGUCGGUGGCGUGUGCGGCUGACGGUGCAUUGAACACCCGGAACGAGUUCACGCACCCUGGCAGCGUGGCUGCCAUGGACCAGGAGGUCUCCGAGAUGAUGGAGCUCAUCACGCCGCCGGAGCUGGAGGACAAGUGCCCUGAGGAGUGCAUGUUCCUCACGGCGUACGAGGACAUCAAGAACGCCUUCCCGCACCGCUUCAGCCAGGUUGGUGGCGCUCGACAGCGUUGAUGAGCGCUUGGAUAGCCAGCUUCACAGCGUGGUGGCUGAGCGGGUCGUGGAGCCUGUGAUCGUGGAGCUAACUCAGGAGUGUUGCUGUCAUGGGCUCUGGAGCAGUCUCAAGUGAGUGUGCCACCGAUGCAGGGUUAAAGCAUCCAGUAGUGGCGUGAACGGAUGCAACGCAGCUUUGGCAUAAUGAGAGGUAAACAGUGGCUCAGUCCUGACAUUGCAAGGGCGGCGAAAGUUAGAUGGAGAUAAGCACGUUGAAGACCAGAAAGUGCUGGUACACGUGCUUAAAGGACUUGAUAUCUGCAAUGCACCUACUGACUGCGAACGUGUGGAUACGACAGGUGUAAGGAGGGUGAGGGGUGAGAGCACUGCCAGAUCAAUGGUAGUCACUGUAGAUGUCGCGUCAACGUAAUUGUACGAGCAUCAGCCCUCGCUUGGAAUAAGCAACACUGGAUAGGAAUGAGUGGAAUGGAGCAGGACACCAAAGAUUUCAAUGAGAUGGGAAUGUGCAGCGAAUUGUGUGAUUGUAGGUGUCAUGGCCCCUUGAGAUCUGCGCAAAAUGUCAUGAAAUUUGCCAUAGAUUUAUACUGCAGAUCUCUAAGUAAUGAUGAUUGGGGGGAAGGUAGUGUUAGGUCUUAGGUGGUAUCCAGACUUAACUAGCAUGCUUUGCCCAGGCUCUACAGGAGCAGGAAGUUUACUGUGCCAAAACAUGAUGAUAUGAUGCGAGUGGAUGCGACGUGUGGCUGGCUGGCACUUGCACCCUGAAGGACGGGGUGAUGCGUGGUGUAAGCGCUUUAUGGGAUGCGGACGCUGUAUGCUCACACGGCUCGUGUAUGGCUCCGGGCCCGUAGCUGCUUGGUGUGUGAGCUCACAGAAGUGGCUGUCAUCACUCUGUAAGGAGUUGAUUGA